GGAAGUUGACGAGGCACACCCUUCAAGCAGUCCACAGUUGGGCUUGCAUUUUCUGCCGCAGCCGCCUCGUAGCAUCCGUCCCUUCGUCUCCUGCAUCACAGCCUCUUUAGUCUCCUCCGUUAUCGCAGAGCCCUCUUUUAUUUGCGGUGCGAUCGCCGACGAUGGCUGGUCUUGCAAUCCUUUUCAUUUGACGCUUCCAUUCCUGCAGACCGUCGCGUUUCCUAGAUUCCCCGCUAACCCGAGUGGAGUCGUCUUUAUCUGAGCCAAACCGGUCGUGAGCUAUGCGAGUUAACGUCCUUGCGCCGGUUUGAUUCGCCCAGCACUAGCUUCUGCAGCAGCCUGACUGCGGUGGUAGAGGGAGGGAUGGCGAAGCGCAGGUCGACUUUUCCUGUCGUGCGAUGGCUGCUCAUCGCCUGCGCGCUCUCCUUCGUCCUCGUGCAGAUUCGGAUGCUGAUGAUAGGAACGGAGUGCUCCGACCGCGUGAAGGUGCUCAUGGAGGCUCAGCGCAAGUGGGCCAACGAGGCCCGCUCGCUGCGCAAGAACCUCACAGACGUCACCAGGGAAACCAUGGGGCUGGAGGAGGAGCUGGAGAAGGCCCAGGCGGCGUACAAGCACGCCAGGCAAGAGCUGGUGAGCUCAGGUGGUCUUAUAGUGCAGAUAGUGCUAGAAGAUACGCAGAGAAAGCAGCAACAGCAGCAGCAGCAGCAACAGCACGUAGUGGCCACGUCAACAGAUCCAUUAGACAAGCAGGGCGGAGGGGAGGGGCAGACAGGAGCAGGGGUGACACGGGGAGGUGGUAUUCGAGGGGGAAAGAUGCUGGGUGGAGGGGUGGUGCAGGCAGCGAGGGCAGGGAGGAUGCGGGGAGGGGGCGAUGCAAAGGAUGCAGUGGCGGCUGUGGUGAUCAUGGCAUGCAAUAGAGUGGACUAUCUCGACCGCACCAUCCAAUCCGUGCUGCUGCACCACAAGGGGCUUGACACCAAGUUUCCCCUCUUCAUUUCCCAGGACGGCACGAAUGCAGGAGUCAAGGAGAGGGCCAAGCAGGCCCAACAGUUCACUUACCUGCAGCACAUAGAGGCAGCACCCCCCAGAAUGAACAACCCAGGGGAGAACAUCGCUUACUACAGAAUAGCAGAGCACUACAAGUUUGCGUUGACUGAGCUCUUUGACCGGAGGCAGUUUCCACGAGUCAUCAUUCUCGAAGACGACAUGGAGCUCGCUCCAGACUUCUUUGACUACUUCGAGGCCACUUCCAACCUGCUUGACGUGGACGAGUCCAUCCUGGCAGUGUCAUCGUGGAACGACAACGGGCAGAAGCAGUUUGUGCACGACUCGGAGCUGCUGUACCGCUCGGACUUCUUCCCAGGGCUGGGCUGGAUGCUCAAGCGCGAGCUGUGGGCAGAGCUGAAGCCCAAGUGGGCGCGUGCCUACUGGGACGACUGGCUGCGCCUGCCCGAGCAGCGCAAGGGGAGGCAGACCAUCCGGCCGGAGGUCUGCCGCACCUACAACUUUGGCGAGCAUGGUUCGAGCAUGGGGCAGUACUUCAGCCAGUACCUGGCACCCAUCCGGCUCAACGCCCUGCCAGUCAACUGGGCUCAAAAAGACCUCAGCUACCUCCUCGACGUCAGCUACCCUGCCUACAUGGUCUCCCAGCUGCGCACCGCGCGCCUCAUCCCCCUCGCAGCCGUGAACACAGAGGUGGUAACCCCAUCGGAGCUAGGGUACGACGUGAUGGUGGAGUAUGGCAACGAGAGCAGCUUUGCGCAGCUGGCGGGGGAGUUUGGCGUGUUCCAGGAGUGGAAGGCGGGCGUGCCGCGCACGGCGUACAGCGGCGUUGUGGUGUUCCGGUACCACGGGCCGCACCGGGUGUUCUUUGUGGAAAGGAGAGGGCUCGCCAGGCUGGGGUUCAAGCUGCCUUCUGGCACUUAGGCCAUGGCGUACCGUUGGAUUUGGGAGGGUUGCUAUGAAGGACACAAGUAGUGGAGCUCUACAAUGGGAAUGGGAGCUUAUAAGAAUUCCACUACGCUAACGCAUAGGGGGGAAAUGUCGGAGAAGUGAGAUAGGAAGUUUGGCCUUAUCGAAUACAGAAUCUUACUUGUAUGCUAGCCUUUUUACGGAAUACUUUCCACACUUUUUA